AUGAGCGUGUCAACUUCAUCAACGGCUACGUCGCCCAAAGAGGCUGCUUCCCCAAGUGGUGUAACGGUCAACGGGAACCAUACUACUGCCGCUCAUGCACCUGCAGCAGACGACACAAAUACACAUACGCAGCCAUCAACACUCGAGAAAGGCUCAACAACAGCCGAAGCUGUGCCUGCAACAACGACAACAACACCAAAUGGCAUUGCCAUCGACCCUGCCUCCUUCCCCGAUGGCGGUACUCGUGCUUGGCUCACCGUGCUGGGCUGCUUCUGUACCAUGACCAUUACGUUUGGGUGGAUCCAGAGUGUUGGCGUCUUCCAAGCCUACUACGAGCUGAAUCAACUACGCGCCUACUCCCACAGCGAGGUCUCCUGGAUCACCUCUUUCACCGCCUUCUGGUUGUUUGCCGGCGGACUCGUCGUCGGGCCUUUGGGCGACAAGCAUGGUCCGAAGGCGCUGUUGAUCGGUGGGACACUUCUACACUCAUUCGGUCUCUUCAUGGCAUCAUUGGCAACAAAAUAUUACCAAUUCAUCCUCUCCCAAGGCGUAUGCUCAGCCAUCGGCACAUCCAUGCUUCUCUACCCGUCCAUAUCCUGCGUUGUCUCCUGGUUCUACGCCAAACGCGCCACCGCGAUCGGCAUCGCCGCCUCCGGCUCCGGGCUUGGCGGUGUCGUCUUCCCUCUCGUCGUCCGCCAGAUGCUCCAAACAGAUCAUGUCGGCUACCCCUGGACGAUGCGCACCAUCGCUUUCCUCGUCCUCUUACUGGGCAGCAUAGCAUGCCUAACAAUAACAUCACGGCUGCCGCCCACCCCAAAGAUGCUCACCAAAGACGAGAUCCGGAAGAGUCUGAAGGACAGCCUGUUCGUUCUAGUGUGGAUCACUGGUCCAUUAGCCUUCCUCCCGCAAUGGCUAGUAUUAACAUUCAUCGUCACGACGGCCUACAACGAUCGACACGUCGACCCGAACUGGGCAUUCUACCUCGUCCCCAUCUGCAACUCCGCCUCCUUCUUCGGCCGCCUCAUCCCCGGCUACCUCGCCGACCGCACGGGAAGCAUAACUAUGUAUACGUAUCUCAUGGUCUACACUUUUAUCGUGACGGCGGCGUUGUGGAUCCCUGUGUCGGGGCAGGCGGGCAUGGUGGUGUUUGCGGUGCUGUUUGGGUUUGGGAGUGGGGGAUUGAAUGCGCUGAGUCCGGCGGUGAUUGCGCAGAUUAGUGAUGUGAGGACUGUGGGGUUGAGGACGGGGUUGAUUUAUGCUGUUACUGGGGUUUGUUGCCUGUUCGCAAGUCCAGCAGGCGGCGCGAUCAUCUCGCACAGUGGAUAUCGGAGUAUGCAGGGGUUUGCGGCGGCGGUGAUGGGCGUGGUGGCGCUGUUGACUGUGUAUAUCCGGUAUAGGGUUGGAGGGAUGGAUUUGAGGAAGAAGAUCUGA